AUGAAAGGAAGAAAGAAGGGACGUUCCUUACCUUUAACCUGUAUUUUGUUGUUCGUCUGUAUCACUGGGCGUGCAACUACUGACUUGGAUGACAGCGAAGAGGAGGAUGUUCUGGGUGCUGCUUUGCCACCACUGAAACUUGGGCAUUCAGUCUGUGCCAUGAAAGUAGAUGAAGGUCCAUGCAAAGCAAUCCACAUGCGCUAUUACUUUAAUAUCCAAAGCCGUGAGUGUGAAAUAUUUGAAUAUGGUGGAUGCCAUGGCAAUGAGAACAACUUCCUGACACUGGAAGAAUGUCAGAAGAAGUGUGUAGCAACAGAAUUACCUCAGAAGAUGAUGUUGGCAAAAAUCAGGAAAGAAAAGCCCAACUUCUGCUAUCAUGAGAAGGACCCUGGAAUCUGCCGAGGCUAUUUUUCCAGGUAUUUCUAUAACAAAGAGACAAAGAUAUGUGAAGUAUUCAAGUAUGGUGGGUGCCUAGGAAACCAGAACAACUUCAAGAAUUUGGAAGAAUGCCAGACUACCUGCCAAGGCAACUCUAAUUUAUUGCCAAUUGUUCCAGCUGAAGAGCAUCCUAACACUGGGAACAGUAGCUCCCCAGGGAAAGAACCCAACCAGUUCCCUGGGAUUUUUGUCAAUUUGUUGCCAACUGCUCCAGAUGAGAAGUCCAACACCAUGAACGGUAGUUCUUCAAAGGAGAAGCGCAACCAGAUUCCUAUUUCUUUUGAACCACCCCCUAUCCCGUCACUGUGCAUGACCCCUAUGGACAGAGGACUUUGUAGAGCCAAAGAGUUAAGAUUUUUCUACAACUACUCAACUGGAAGAUGCCGCCCAUUUAGCUACAGUGGUUGUGGUGGGAAUGAAAAUAAUUUCACCUCCAGGAAGUCAUGUCUGAGGAUCUGCAAAAAAGGAUUCAGUAAAAAAAAAGGGCAAAGAAGAGUAAUAAAAAUCAAGAAGAAAAGAAAGAAACAGUCAGUAAAGGCGCUGGGCGAGGAAAUCAUCCCUGAAAGAACACAACUUUGA